AGAAGACUGAAGAGGACACAGAACAGUGUGCAGUCGUACGGUUUAGGAGUGCGUGACGUCCUUUACGAAAAUGUGGUUGUAGAAUUUUUAUUGUUGUUCCUUGGAGGGGUAAUGAAUGUGAAAGUUGUGUCAUUGGUGUCCCGUAUCAGUUUACGUUUUGCGAAUUCCAUUCACUCGAGAAGUAUGGUGAAGUUUAUUGGCCAAGAUGAAGCAAUCAGCAUCGAUCAAGAACUGUUUAAUGACUAUAAAUUUAGCGUUGACCAGUUAAUGGAACUGGCGGGAUUAAGUUGUGCCGUUUCAAUCGCGAAGUGUUAUCCGUUAGAACGAAUCCAGACGAAUACCGUCUUAGUUUGUUGUGGUCCCGGAAACAACGGCGGUGAUGGUCUUGUUUGUGCAAGGCACUUGAAACUUUUUGGUUACAGUCCGUCCAUCUUCUACCCGAAGAGAACUGAAAAACAAUUGUAUCAGAAUUUAGUGGUUCAAUGCCAGUCCAUGUCGAUACCAUUCUUAGAGUCCAUGCCACCUACGAACACAGUUGAUGAAUAUGCAGCUGUUGUUGAUGCAUUAUUUGGAUUUAGCUAUAAGCCACCCACAAGAGCAGAGUUUGUGCCAGUUCUAGAAACUUUAAAGCAGACAAAAGCACCAAUUUGUAGUGUGGACAUACCAAGUGGUUGGAAUGUCGAAACUGGCUGCCCGACCGACGGCGGUAUACAGCCUGAACUUCUGAUUUCCUUGACAGCUCCGAAGAAAUGCGCCCAGUAUUUCUGCGGAAAAUAUCAUUAUCUCGGCGGUCGAUUUGUUCCUCCACCUUUAGAAAAAAAAUACCAACUUGAUUUACCUAAAUACCCGGGAACAGAGUGUUGUGUUAAAAUUGAGUGAACUGUGUAUUCUGAUAGGUUUGAAGUUGGAGGGUAUAUUUGAUGCUAGAUAAGAAAAGGUCAUAAUUUUCACAUUUCAUCGUUUGUGUGAAAACUGGCAGUGGAACUGAAUUUAGUGUAUGUUUAUGAAAUGCUUCAAAAUAAUUUGUUACAUACUUGCUAUUAAAUGACAUACAUACAGAAUGAAAGUGAAGUUUGAUUUAUGUGUAACUAUUCUGUACCUGCUAUAUUAACUAUUAUAGACAGUAUCUUUCUUUGUUAGUUCAGGCCACUCUGUGGUAAUGUUUUCCCCAUACUGUUUACAGUACGGUCUAGAAUUUGUAUUUGUAACUUUUGUAGGGUCAUUCCAUGUCAAGUGUCCCAGUUUUGAUGAUGAUCCCAGUGGGUAUAUUUUCAUACAUUCAUGUUUUUUAGCAAAUUUACAGGAUGGUAGCACAGUAAUUAAACACACAAGCCAGGCCAAAAUUCGUGAUGUACUAAACCCCCAGACAGACAGUAGUUUGGCAAAAGACCAUGUCCAUAGCCCACUUUCUCAACUACUUAUGCCUCGUUGAACUAUGGGGCAAAUUUCUCACGACACGAUUUGUUGCCCACUGACAUUAUGCCAAAUGCAUUGCUUUCUGAACUCUACUUGCAACAUUUGUGUGUAAAGCACACAAAAUGUACCACUAUACUGAGAAGCACUGAGUCUAGCUCUUUUACAUUAGGCACAGUGGAAUGCCAAACUUAACCAUUUCUUCAUGACUUUUCGGUCUCUGUAAAAGUGAUCUUCAUGAAAAUGGCUCUAGCACCUCAGCAAAGCUACAGGUGAGCCUGAAACUGUGCAUAAGUUCAUGUAGGCCCCUCAGGUACAUCCUGUACAAAUUUCAUCAAAAUUUAAGAGGGUUGAGCUGGGAGCCCUAGGGCAUUUCACGUGGAAUGACCCUAUAGGAAAUGAGCAUAAGCCAUAUGAUGUGUACUACCAUUGGUAAUAGUUGCUGGGAAAGAUGGAAUAAUUUACAGUGCACAUAAAAUACACCUUUUGUGUUGUUCACCAAUGUAAUGUUUCCCAUGAUUUUUUUUUUUUUUUUAAUUGAACUGUAACUGUAGCCAUUGAAAUUCAUCCUCGAACAAUUGCAAAAUAUCCUCUCUGUCAGUGUAUUGGACAUAAGUAAAUUUAAACAAUUUUUAUUUAUUUAUUU